UAUAUUAUUUGUGGUUGACAGAUACGCUGCUUGUGUCUGUUUUGAGUAUUUCCUGCCAGCUCUAGGAAACAAUGUGUUGUCCGAGUAGGUCAUUAUCAUAGUCCGUUAACACGUGUAUCGAAACCGAAUUUAGUGUAGGCAUUAUUUAAGACUCCCUUGUUCGUUAUCGGCUAUUGUGAGGAAACAGCUCAUCACUUAUUCGCUUAUCUUCAUCUAAUUUAUUCUUAUUCUUCAUGAAUCACUUAUUUUUCAACAUGUUUUACACUAUGAAAUAGUUUUGGAGUAAACUAUGUGUAGCGUUUACUACGAUAAAAUUGCUGUUUUAUAAGAGAACUCACGGACGAUUUUGCGACAGGUAUGUGUCAGUUUACGGCUCUCCUAAUUCAUUUGUAUGGGAUCCGCAAACGGCUACUUACUGUCGUAACACGCUAGUUGACGUACGCUCUCUUCUAUGGUAAAAGUGCGGAGGUUGUGAUCUCGCUAUAUAAGUUCUCUGCUUGGGACGGUAAAUGAGCGGAAGUCAGUUGAGUAGUUCCAUCUGAUACAGGCAUAUUGUAGGAGCUCGAUUUUUCUUAAUCUCGAUUAUUAUAAUUUUUUUGUAUUAUUAUUGUAAAUUGAUAAACGUGGCUAAAGUUCAGGAAACAUGGAACAAGUUGGGAACAAGUACUGUUGCCAGGAUUCAUUCAGGUACUGUUGAUCAUGUAUCUAAUCUCACAAAGUUCACCAUGCCUUUAUUUUGCUGUAUUUGCGCUUAUCAAGGAAAAUGCACUUUGAGGAUGAAGGAUACAUGAAGGAUUACAUCCAGAUGAUGGCUUACAUGAUUUUGUUGUGUUUGACACUGGCCAUUUCAUUAUCGUUCUGGGUCCUGUCCAUAACCGCCAGCACAUACUAUGGUACACUAGAACCAGUAUCACCAUUUCGAUGGCUGUUUUCAGUGCUCGUCCCUCUCAUUAUCACCUUUCGAGCCUUUAAAAGAAAGAGUCUUGAUCAUGGGGGUGCAAUAGGAGCGAUGCUGGUCGGCUUCAUUCUUACUAUGGCCAACAUGAGCUUUUUUGCGGCUUUGUUGACCUUUUUCGUCACAUCCAGCAAACUAACAAAAUGGAAGGGGGCCAUUAAAAAACAAAUCGACUCCGAUUACAAAGAAGGUGGCCAAAGGAAUUGGUUGCAGGUCUUCUGUAAUGGUGGAGUUCCUGCAGAAUUGGCCCUGCUCUAUAUGAUUGAAGCUGGACCUGGGGAAAUAGCUAUAGAUUUUGGGAAGCAGUAUUCAGCCUCAUGGAUGUGUUUAUCGCUGUUGGGAGCCCUGGCUUGCAGCACAGGGGACACCUGGGCUUCAGAGGUCGGUCCAGUGCUCAGUAAGAGCAAGCCCAGGCUCAUUACCACCUGGAGAGAUGUUCCAGCAGGUACCAAUGGAGGAGUCACUCUUGUUGGUCUAGUGGCUAGUUUCUUGGGUGGAGUCUCAGUUGGUGUAGCAUUCUUCUGCACUCAGCUCCUGAUGGUUAAAGACCUGCAUUUGGCAGUUCCUCAGUGGCCCAUCAUCUUGUAUGGAGCUUUAGCAGGCCUGCUGGGAUCGCUGCUGGACUCUUUCCUGGGGGCAACCAUGCAGUAUUCAGGAUACGAUGAAGCCAUCAGGAAAGUUGUGAGUUACGAGACGCAGAGUGUCAAACGAAUUUGUGGGAAACUGAUCCUGGAUAACAACGGAGUGAAUCUUUUCUCUUCUGUGAUCAUAGCACUAUUCCUGCCUGGCUUUGCAUGGGUCUUCUGGCCGAGGCAGUGAAAUGCAGUUUUACUGUGCAUCAUAUAACUUUGAAGAUAAAAGGCUGUUUGUGUAAAAAAAAAAAAAACUAAAAAACAUUACCAUUGUUUUCAAUUGAAUUUUUAAGGAAUAAAACAGAACCAUUCUAUAUUAAGAAUGUGCUCAUCCAAAAAUGACAAAUUACACACUUCAAAUUGAUAGUUCAAAUUGAAAAUUCUCUGAAAAGCAUUUACUCACUCUCAAACCAUCUCAAACUCAUAUGACUUUCACUUCUGCCCAGCCCUCCUACAGUAUGCACGUUCAUGAGAGAAGCUCGUCCAAUUGCACCCUUUGGUGUGCCACUGGCGCACCCCUUAAUAUGGUGCCCAUAUGCGUUGCAUACAUGCAUAUAUGGCUUUUGCAUCUCUGGGUAUAGGAUCAGCUUCCCCUCCACAAAUUCAAAUUCAAGAAGUGAAAGGCUGACUCUAGAUCAGUGGCUGUGGACGAAUUCAUCUUACAUUGCUUGAGAGGUUACAGCCGAUGUCAUUUAUUUGUGAAAUUAAUUCACAUUUUUACAACAAAUAUUAAAUAGUGUAACUCUUCAAUUAAAACAAGUUCAUCACAAGUUUGUAGCAUUUCUUUUUUUAAUUAUAUCCAUUCACAUUUAAACCAAUAAGCAUCUAAUCAAACUCGAAAUGAGCCAACACCGAGAUGACUUUGGAAAUAAAUUAAUCAGACGAUUAAACUUGUGAAGAAGACACUCUCCACUGGAUUUUAUCACAACUUUCAAAAUGUUUUAAGUCAUCGCUGAAUGGCAUUGUCGAUGUGGAGCCAAGCGGAUAAGACAUUUCUAUUUCAUUUUGCUUCAAAAAACAGCACUUAUUAUUCAAGUUUGUUGUGAAAACAAAUUACUAAAAAUAAUUAGUAAUAUGUACUGACAUCUGUCAAUAAUAAACAAUUUAUUCAGCUGCAGUGUUUGUAUGAGUGAAUGUUGUACACCUGCAAUUUGAAAAUAAUAAAAAACAUUUGUGUGGAACGUA